AUGCCAGAUCGUAAUACACUCUCCAAUACAAGAAAAAAACCAAGUGAAAGCUUCAGAGAAUAUGCUAUCAAAUGGAGGGAACAAGCAGCCCGAGUUAAGCCCCCAUUAAAUGAGCAAGAAUUGGUUGAUAUCUUUAUAAAGGCUCAAGAUCCUGACUACUUCCACCACCUCACAGCCGCAAUGGGAAGACCGUUUCACACAGCAAUCAAAAUUGGGGAAAUGGUCGAAAGUGGUCUCAAAACAGGAAGGAUCGUGAGCCAGGCAGCAAUCAAAGCUACCACACAGGCCAUUCAAGGGUCAAGAGGAGCUCAGAGAAAGUCUAAUUGUCCUUACACAUCAGUUCAGGGACAACUUAGCUAUCCUCAACAUUAUUACCCUUAUGCUACUCAAUAUCCAGUAUCUCCAUCUCCGUACACGGUCUUAAAUGCUCAGUCAUUUGUGCAUCCUCCCAAUCGCCCACAUUUUUGGGCCCCAUCUCAAGGAAACUUUCGCCCACAACGGCCACCCUAUCAGGUCCCUUACAACUCUCCUCUUAUGCGGAAUUAUGCUCAAGAUCAAACACAGAAAAAGAAAUUCACUCCAUUGGGGGAGUCGUACUCCAACUUGUUUCAGAAGUUAAGAAAGAUAGGAGCGAUUGAGUGCAUCCCACCACAUCGUCUGAAUCCAAAUGCUCCAGGUUUCCAAGCCAAUGAAAGAUGUGAAUACCAUUCAGGAGCCCCAGGACACAACACUGAUAAUUGUUGGACCUUGAAGGGAGCAAUAGAGAAGCUGAUCGAGCAUGGAGUUGUUGUUGUGACAGAUGAUCAAAACACUCACAAUGUGACCAAUAACCCACUUCCAGCUGAAAAAAACUUAGUGGGUAUGGUUCGUGAUGAUCAAGAGUACAGACUCCUCAGCAAAAUGGGAAAGUUGUUUAGGAAGAUUGGAGAAGAAGACAAGUCAAUGAAGAGUUUAAAACCAGUUGCCUCUUUGAGUGCGGAAGGUGUCAAUCUUGACACCAAAGUCUUGUGCGUCCCGGGGGUUUCAAAGGGGAUUGAAGUUCGAGCAGCUAUGCCAAAGUUGUAUGUAUCAAAAGGCUUUUCAUUAACACAACAUGACCAAAGUGGCUUGACCAAGAUGAAGGAGCCUAUUUUUGUUAAGCCUGUUCAACAGCUUCCAGUAAUUGAUUCAAAGGCUGUCCCUUGGAACUAUAACAAAACUGCAGUGGUUUAUCAAGGAAAGGAGAUUGUCGAAGAAGUUGAUGAAGUGGGAGGUUUGACACGCUCUGGAAGAUGUUAUUCUCCAGAAGAAUUAAGAAAAGGCAAGAUGACUGAAAAUAUCCAAGUACCACUAAAGAAAGCAGUUACUGAAGAAGAAAAUGCAGAAUUUCUAAAAAAGCUUAAGGUUCCAGAUUACUCUGUCGUGGAACAAUUGAAGAAGACGCCUGCACAGAUUUCACUGUUGUCUCUACUUUUGCACUCAGAAGAACAUCGUCUUGUGUUGAAUAAGGUUUUGAAUGAAGCACAUGUGCCAAAAGAGACCACAGUAAAUCAGUUGGAGAAUAUGACCAGGCGCGUCUUCGAGUCAAACGCCAUCACUUUCACUAAUGAUGAGUUGCCCAAGGAGGGAGCUGGACACAACAAAGCUUUGCAUCUUACAGUGACAUGUGAAGGUUACUAUGUAAAGAGGGUCAUGAUAGAUGGAGGGUCAGGGGUAGACAUAUGUCCUCUUUCUACGCUGCAAAGCUUGAAAGUUAACACUGACAGAAUUCGCCCCAGUAAUGUAUUUGUGCGAGCUUAUGACGGCUCAAGGAGGGAUACCAUUGGUGAAAUCAAGUUAAACAUGACAAUUGGGCCAGUAGUCUUUACGAUUGUGUUCCAAGUAAUGGAUAUGGAAACAUCUUAUAAUUUUCUACUAGGAAGGCCAUGGAUCCACAUGGCUCGAGCCGUCCCAUCAACUCUACGUCAAGUUGUCAAGUUUGAAUACAACAAUCAGGAAAUCACUGUUCAUGGGGAAGAUGAUUCACCUAUUUACAGAGAUCCAUCCGUCCCAUACAUUGAGGCAAAGGAAGGAUGUGAUUCUGUUGUUUACCAGUCUUUUGAGGUUGUAUCAGUGGAUCGCUUCAAAGAAAGAGAACCUAUCAUCCAAUCAUGUAUCUCUUCUUCCGCUUCAAUGGUAGCAAUGGCGAUGCUCAAAUAUGGUUAUCAACCCGGUAAAGGUUUGGGAGGUUCAGAAUUGAAAGAUUCAUUCACUCUUGAAGACAUUGAAGAAAUCAUUGAGGAUCUCAGUCAGUUGUUUUGUGAAGUAAAUAUGGUCCAAGCUGGUGAAGGCACAAGUCAUGCCAAUAUGCAGCUUGUGGGCUCAGGUGUUGAGUUAAACAAUUGGGAAGCCACUCAUUUCCCCAUAAGGAAGGAGUCGUGUUCUGUAAAUGACGGCUUUGAUAACAUGACAUGCAUGUGGAAUUCACUCCCUGAUUUCAAAGAGUUGUUUAUUCUUGAAUCACCAAGUCAAGAGGUGGAAUAUGAUGAAGAAGAGGCUUUUAGGGAAAUUAAUAGGGAACUGGAACAGUUUGAGCACAAACCGAAGCCUAAUCUUAGUGAAACUGAGACAAUCAAUUUGGGAAGUUCCGAGGAUGUUAAGGAAAUAAAAAUAAGUUUACAUAUCAAUCAGGAAAUUAGAGAGGCAAUAAUACAACUUUUGUUUGAAUACAAAGAUGUAUUUGCUUGGUCUUAUGAUGACAUGCCAGGUUUGAGUGUUGAUUUAGUGGUUCAUAAGUUGCCCGUUUAUCCUGAUUUUCCACCCGUCCAACAGAAAAGAAGGAAAUUCAAACCGGACGUGAGUGAAAAAAUCAAGGAAGAAAUAAUGAAACAAUUGAAUGCAAAGGUGAUCCAAGUUAUUCGUUACACUACUUGGUUGGCAAAUGUUGUUCCUGUGCCGAAAAAGGAUGGAAAGACAAGAGUUUGUGUUGACUAUCGGGAUUUGAACAAGGCUAGUCCAAAAGACAACUUUCCAUUGCCAAAUAUCCACAUCCUAGUUGAUAAUUGUGCAAAACACGAGAUGCAAUCUUUUGUGGACUUUUAUGCGGGGUAUCAUCAAAUCUUGAUGGAUGAAGAGGACGCUGAGAAAACUGCUUUCACCACUCCAUGGGGAACUUAUUGCUACAGGGUCAUGCCAUUUGGUCUUAAAAAUGCUGGGGCGACUUACAUGAGGGCUAUGACCACCAUGUUCCAUGAUAUGAUGCAUAAAGAAAUUGAAGUAUACGUCGAUGACGUAAUCAUCAAGUCUAAAACACAAGUUGAUCAUGUGCAAGAUCUGAGAAAAUUCUUGGAAAGAGUGCGAAGAUAUGACCUCAAGCUUAAUCCAGCAAAAUGUGCAUUCGGAGUUCCAUUUGGAAAACUUUUGGGUUUUAUUGUCAGUAGAAGGGAAUCGAAUUGGAUCCCUCCAAAAUAA